UAAGGGAUUUACUGAAGAAGAAAGACAAAAUGCCUUUCAAAGGGCUUGGUUCACUGAAAGAAAGAUUUUUUAACCCAGGAAAGGAAGAGGUGAAGAACACCAUUAGUGACUCGCUGGGGAAUCUGAGAAGGAAGCUCGAUGGCACCAAUGUGGAGGAGGAGCCCCUGGAGCUGACGGCAGAGGGGCGGCCCGUGGCGGCGAGAGGGCGCCGGGCCGCGCUGUGCGAGUGCCACUGCUGCGGCCUGCCCAAGCGCUACAUCAUCGCCAUCAUGAGCGGCCUGGGCUUCUGCAUCUCCUUCGGCAUCAGGUGCAACCUGGGCGUGGCCAUCGUGGAGAUGGUCAACAACAACACUGUCUACGUCGAUGGAAAGCCAGAGCUGAGGACAGCCCAAUUCAACUGGGAUCCAGAGACUGUAGGACUCAUUCAUGGCUCUUUUUUCUGGGGUUACAUUGUGACACAAAUUCCAGGAGGGUUCAUCUCAAACAAAUUGGCUGCUAACAGGGUAUUUGGUGCAGCUAUCUUUCUAACAUCUACACUGAACAUGAUCAUCCCUUCUGCAGCAAGAGUGCAUUAUGGCUGUGUGAUGUUUGUAAGGAUUCUUCAAGGUUUGGUGGAGGGCGUCACAUACCCAGCCUGCCAUGGGAUGUGGAGUAAGUGGGCCCCGCCGCUGGAGAGGAGCAGGCUGGCUACCACUUCAUUCUGUGGGUCUUACGCAGGCGCAGUGGUGGCCAUGCCCCUGGCAGGUGUGCUGGUACAGUACAUAGGAUGGUCAUCAGUCUUUUAUAUUUAUGGAAUGUUUGGGAUUGUUUGGUACGUGUUUUGGCUGCUUCAUGCCUAUGAGAGCCCUGCUGUGCAUCCAACAAUAACCAGUGAAGAAAGGAUAUAUAUAGAAACAAGUAUAGGAGAAGGAGCCAGCCUUGCUAAUGCAAGCAAAUUUAGUACUCCAUGGAAGAGAUUUUUCACUUCAAUGCCAGUUUAUGCAAUCAUUGUGGCAAACUUCUGCAGAAGCUGGACCUUCUAUUUGCUCCUUAUAAGUCAGCCUGCUUACUUUGAAGAAGUCUUUGGAUUUGCAAUAAGCAAGGUUGGCCUUUUGUCUGCAGUUCCUCACAUGGUCAUGACAAUCAUUGUGCCCAUCGGAGGGCAACUAGCUGACUUCUUACGGAGCAGGAAGAUCUUAACCACUACCACUGUAAGGAAGGUCAUGAACUGUGGAGGCUUUGGGAUGGAAGCAACCUUGCUUUUGGUGGUUGGUUAUUCUCACACAAAAGGUGUGGCUAUUUCCUUUCUGGUGUUAGCAGUAGGCUUCAGUGGCUUUGCAAUUUCAGGCUUCAAUGUGAAUCACUUGGACAUAGCCCCUCGUUAUGCCAGCAUUCUGAUGGGGAUCUCCAAUGGCGUGGGGACGCUGUCGGGAAUGGUGUGCCCACUCAUCGUUGGUGCAAUGACAAAACAUAAGACCCGUGAGGAAUGGCAGAACGUCUUUCUGAUUGCAGCCCUGGUGCAUUACAGUGGUGUAAUAUUCUACGCUAUCUUUGCCUCUGGGGAGAAGCAGGAAUGGGCUGAUCCUGAAAACCUCAGUGAAGAGAAAUGUGGCAUAAUUGAUCAGGAUGAACUGGCAGAAGAAACAGAGAUGAACAAUGAAACUUUUGCAAGUCCAAAGAAAACGUAUGGUGCUACCAGUCAAAAUAGUGAAGUACAGAGAAGGGAAUGGAGGAAGCAAAAGCAAGUAACUCAAGACAUGGAGGAACAGACUUCUUACCAUUAUGAAAAUGGAAAUUUUCAAGAUUUGUCUUAACACUUGAAACUGUAAGAUUUGUAUAGCAGCUACU